AGUUAAGCAACAUAGUUUGGAAAUUGUUGUUGCUUGUGUACACGAUGCAUUCGAUGAUAUUAAGCAACGCGGAUGAGGAUUUUUUUACAAUAGUGGAACUGUUUGAAAUUCUGGUCAAUACUCUGCGCAUUGCCGACAGAUUGAUGAAUAUUUGAUUUAACUGUGCGAGAAACGAGCGCACUUGUGGCCCGUCUGCACCACUUUACGCUUGCAAAUAACCCAUACGUUAACGAUAAACGUUUCGACUUUUCCAUGUAAUCGUGUUUGUGUUAUUAGCUGUGGUCACUUGCGUAUCAGUUGUAUGUACUCUAAUUUUUUCCAAUUAAUUUUAGUGGCGCACGUGGGCGGCUCAUCAGUUUAACCGAGAUACAGUGCGUUCCUUUUGGAGAAUCACCCACGCCGGAAUGCAAUUAAACUCCCGAAGAAGCGAAAGUAUUUGAUUAAUUAAACCCGGCGCGUUAUUGGACUAUUUCCUAUUCCAUUAGCGCGCGGCUGAGCGGAUAUAUAUAUUUAUUGUUGGGAAGUAAAAGAGUAUUAAUUCGCUUCUGCCUUCCAAUGGAUCGAGCACAUCGCCGCAGUCGUCCUGUCGUUGACCAACAGCACCGCCGCUCGCAUCCAAUCAACCCCAGCUCAUUACGCAGUGGUCAGCAGCAGCAGCUGACUUCCGGUGGAAAUUACAGUUCAACGGAAAGCGAGAACGAGGAGGGAGCAGCUGUUUAUGAGAGUUUAACCCACAAUCGCAAGACUCUUCCCGGACCUGGACCGCUCGUAGCGGCAACCGGAUCUGAGCGGGUGUUGUUUAGCGCGAACGCUGACCAGCCACAUCGAGUGGGAUUAGGACUGGUCAGUGGGCCAGCAGAUAAUCGAUCAGCAUUAGCAGCCAAUAUCAAUAACUUAAAAACAACAAACUUGGAUGACCACAGUCCGACGCGAGCCGGUCGGAAGGAUUAUUCCAAGUCGCAGUUGUAUGAAUUGCUCCGACUCAGCUCGGAGACGGCAUCGCCGGAGACUGAUGAUAUGAUUUCUGAAACGUCAAAUGAGAACAACAACAGCGAUUGCCCAACAGUUCCGGUGCAUGGUAAUAGCCACACUGGAUCUUACGUUAAUCCCUCGACUGCCUCAGAAAUAAGCUGUAAUGCCCUUACUCCGCAUCCGCUCUACCAGUACGGUGUGCAACAGUUAUCGGCGCAACACCUGCACAAUCCCUUUUUGACCUCGUCCCGCCACAUACUCCUCCAUCAUCCGCAUCACCACCAUCACGCCACGGCUCAUCCGAUCUACUACGCCAGCCAAGAUCCCCCGCUCUUCCUCGAUGAUCAACAGGAUAAGCACGCUUCGGCUUCCUCGCCAGCUACCAGUUCCGACAGAUGUUUAUUACCUACCUCAUCAAGCGCCAACAUUGGCAAACUGAGUAACAACAGCAGCGUCAUCGCCUCCGACUCACGGCAUUUGUUCAAUCCAUCCAUGUCCCGUCCCAACGCGGAGCGCGUAGACCGGCCUCUGAGUGAACAUUACCUUGCUAAUACGAUUCUGCGGUCCAACCAGUGUCCACUGCACACCACACCCGGAAGUGUCUAUCCCUCUCGCACAAAUCUGCGACCGGCAUCUUCCGGGAAGAGUCUGCAAAAACGCAAGGGACUGCACAAACUGCUAACAUGGAGGAAUGUCACGCUCCUAAUGGCGCUCAUUUGUUUAGCGCUCAUCGGUGCUCUCGGAUAUUUUGCCGUGAUCUCAGGAAACCAUCGCCAGGAAGACCUCACAAAGUGUUCCAGAGCGCAAGAGGUGAUAUCGCCAAAUCAGUUCGGCAACGCCGGGUCAAGCAGUAUUAUCCCGUCAGUUCGCGUUAAGAGGAGUCGCGACGGUGACGGAUUAAGUGUGUUACCAUCCGCCUCUGACGCAAUGCAGACCACCGAUAAUGCAGUAGGUUAUCAGGAUAACCAGACCGACACAACCGGCGCAUACCGGGUUGCGAGCAGCGAUAGUCUUAACACAUCAGACAUUUCUCGACAGAGUGCAAACGAUACUCACGCACCAUAUUCAAACACUAACCAGAAGUUGGCAAAGAAUGUCACAGAAAAAAUAAACACAAUUAGCAGCGAUAUUACGGCUAAUAAUAUCAGCAUAUCACACCCCGGCAAAGGAUUACGGACAAACGAUAGCUUACUGGAAAUACCACAACAGGACACUGCACAGUCAAAAGAGGAAAAGGUGACCGGCUCACGUUACACAUUCACGAUUCUGCAAGACAUUGUUCUGACCCAUUAUGCCGAUGAAAACGGGCAGUGGCUGCCGCGUAUUACAUUGCAAAGUCCACACAUUGUCAGCCGCGAUAAGAUGGCGGUUAUGUCGCGAGCCGGACGUGAUUUGAACGAUAAUGAACUUUGGGAAGAAAAAGGCUUUCCAUAUAACAUAAAAGGAGUUUAUUCUAAUGACGAUCUUCCCGUAACCGACCUGCAAGUGGAUACGUCGACAGAUUUUACGGUCCCAACCAGGUCGUUUUGGAUAGGACGCCUGAUUCAAAAACGACCCGGAAAUAUCGUAUUAAACGUAACGUUUUCGCCGACGGCUGUGUUGGUCUUAUAUGGGAGAAAAGACUCUCCUCCAACGCAUGCCGAAAACGAUUUUUCCCGACAAAUUCGCGGUGCAUUAGCGCACAAGCAAAAGCGACAAGCGGAUAUUAACCCGAGUCUGGAAACAAUGAUGAUCCAUGAAAGACUCGAAGCCGGCAUCUGGUUCAUUUCUUUGUAUAACGAUAUGCCUACAGAAGAGGCUGCUACUUUAUACACCGGUGAUUCUGGAAAAAUAUUUUGUUUAAACGAUUGUCAUGGACAAGGCUCAUGUAUUGAUGGCGUCUGCCAAUGCUUUUCCGGUUACGGCGGGCCCGAUUGUUCGCAAACUGUCUGUCCGCUGCUUUGUAAUGGCCAUGGGAAAUAUUCUCAUGGAUUAUGUCAGUGCUUUCCUGGCUGGAAAGGUGCCGACUGUGAUAUUCCGGAAUUUCAAUGCGAUGACCCGCAGUGCAGUGGACACGGGAAGUGCUUGAAUGGAAAAUGCAACUGUGAUACGGGAUUUUCGGGAAUAAACUGUCAGAUAGUUGAUUGUCCUAAAGAGUGCACAAUUCACGGAGUGUGUAUCAACGGAAGCUGCUUCUGCCAGCCGGGCUGGCAAGGUAUUUCUUGCGGAGUGCCGGUGAACGAUAGCCGGCAAUUAUGUGGAAAUCAUGGAACGUUCAACGCGGUAACGAAGAAGUGCGACUGCGAGGCUGGUUGGACCGGGGCUGGAUGUACGACAGAAGUUUGUCAGCCCAGCUGCGGAUCAGCCGGUAAAUGCAUCGCCGGAAAAUGUGUUUGCGAUGCCUUGUUUACUGGACCAACGUGCGAAAUACCGCGUUGUCCUGACUGUGGACCAAGAGGGCGUUGUCUCAAUGGGACGUGCAUGUGUGAUAAAGGUUGGAGCGGAAGACUCUGUACCAACAAUGUAUGUUCAGAUGAUUGUGGCGGACAUGGAUCGUGCGUGGCUACUUCCGGCUUAUCGUGGAAAUGCCAAUGUGAAGCAUUCUGGAAAGGCGACAGCUGCAGCACACCGGUGGAAAAAUGCGACGAUGGACGCGAUAAUGACGGAGAUGGUGCGGUCGAUUGCGAAGAUAACGACUGUUGUACAGCGGAUAUUUGCGCCGAACAUGUCAACUGCGUAACAUCGCCUGAGCCGCAGGAUGUUUUGCUCCGGGAACAAGCGCCACCCGACACCGCUUCUUUCUUCGAUCGCGUCCGGUUCUUGAUACGGGAAAGCGGUGUUCAGAAUUUCGUUGACCGGGCUUCGUUUGAUCCAAAGCGAGUGUCCAUAAUUCGGGGCAAAAUUAUUGAUAGCGGUAACAUUGGUUUGGUCGGAGUUCGAGUAUCUAUCCAAGCACCAACAGGAGAAACAUCACCUUGGGGAUUUACUGUCAGCCGUCGAGAUGGAACGUAUGACCUUUUGUUUAAUGGCGGUGGAUCGCAGACGGUGCUGUUCCAAAAAGGCGGUUACCGGCAAGCCUCAACCGUCGUAUUCUUAAGCUGGAACGAAUUCGUCUACGUGGAUCCCAUUAAAAUGUUCCGAGAGACGGAAAUGAGCCGGAAUCGACUGGAUUUCAUUGUACCAACCCCCGGCGAAGAUCGAUCAUGUGAAAUUUUCAAAACCAAUUUCGAGCCCAAGCUGUAUCCGUUCUGGAAGCAUUUCCCGUCGGGUGGACUGGGCAGUGCGCCGGUUGUUUACUACGAUGCGCAAGUGCUGCAGGAAUCGUUCAAUAUAUCCGGAUCCGAGCUGCGUCUCAACCAUUUCAGCAGUCGCACCAACGGCUUUGCUUCGUUGCUGCUUAUCAAACUUGUCGAAGACACGGUAGUCUCCGGAUUAACACGGGUGAUAGUGCGGGUAUCCAAUGCCGGGUUAAUGGAGGAAAAAUCGUACGACGCUGUGCCCAGUUUGUCGCACAUUUAUGCAUGGACUGGUUCAAAUGCGUACAAGCAGCAAAUUUUUGGCUUUAGCAACGCAAAAGUGAGCAUUGGAUACGAAGGACGAAAUUGUAAGGAUGUCUAUUGGAUCCAUAAGGUCGUUAAAAUGAAAGGCGUGGACAUGCCAGUAUCUGAAAUCGGUGGAUGGGAUCUCAAUGUGCAGCAUCGCUAUAAUCCAGAAGGAAUUCUGCACCGCGGCGACGGAUCCAACGUAUACUUUAGCGAAGGUGUCUUGGCAGCGUCAGCAUUUGUCGGAAGCGGUCAGUUGCGUACAGUCAACUGUAAAGAUGGCUGCCCGGCGGCGGCGGCCCUCAGCGUCGACCUGAUUGCGCCCGUUGCACUGGCCAGUGCUCCUGACGGAAGUCUUUAUGUUGGCGACUUCAACCUGAUCCGCCGCGUCCGAUCCGAUGGCAUUGUCGUUAAUCUCCUACAGUUGCAAUCGCCGGCCAUGCUGCAAAAGUAUUAUAUGGCCGUCAAUCCGGUCAACGGACAGGUUUUCCUGUCGAUGGCGCCGAUGCUGAAGGUCAUCCGUAUUGCGUCCGUGGAGAAUCCACAAGAUCUGUCAAAUAACUACGAUGCGGUUGUCGGAAAUGGAGAGCAGUGCUUGCCACGUGGAAACGAGUUUCUAUGCGGUGAUGGACAACAGGCUGCAACGGCGUCGCUAAUCUAUCCAAAAGGCAUUGCUUUUGACAAGUUUGGUGUCCUUUAUAUUGCUGACGGGGCCGCAGUCCGCACUGUGGAUGAAAACGGAAUAAUUCGCACAUCUAUUCCACAAAUGCCGUACGGCAGCGUUUGGCAGCCCGCUCCAUGUGGUAGUGAUUUACUCGACAUGGACGAGCUGUCUCUCCGCUGGCCGUCGGCCAUCGCCGUUAACCCAGUAGAUGGAUCGCUUUUUAUUCUGGAUGACAAUAUGCUGCUCAACGUGGACAAAUACAAGAAAAUUCGCAUUGCUGCCGGCAGCCCGACCAGCUGUCCCGGGGAUUCCUCAACCAAACUGGAAUCGCCAUCGAACAUCGCGGUGUCCCCCACGGGCGUCGCUUACGUUACCGAAGGCAACGAGCGGGCAUGGCGAAUCCGAAAGGUCACCACCGACCGUAACGAGGUCAUCAUGAGCUCCUGCGCUUGUAAUACGACACACUGCAGUGGCUGCGUUUCCGGCCUGAAAGGAUCGGAGAAACUGUUGCUACCCGGCGCAUUGGCAGUUACACCGAACGAUGUAUUGCAUGUUGCAGAUACAAAAUCUAAAAUCUACCGCGUCGCACCGGCCGUUCCGCGUCAGAACGUUCGUAUGGAGUACGAGAUUGAGUCACCUGAUUUCGGGGAAGUGUACACGUUUGACCGGUUCGGACAUCAUCUGACCACCAAAAAUCUCUUCACCGGCGCGCUGGUCUACCAGUUCGCCUACACCGUCGACACCGCGUUCGGGAAAGUCCGUUCCAUUCGCAACGCGGACGACCGCUCGGUGAUGAUCCAGCGGGAUUACAAGAGCCAGGUGAAGGGCAUCGAAUGCGGCGCCGGAUGGAAGAUUAGCGUGAACAAUUCCAUUCGAGGAUUUCUGAAAGAUAUCACCUAUCCGGAUGGGUUCAUUGUGAGCUACGUGUAUGAUGCGGAUUUGCACGGACUGGUCAUCGGUAAAUCCGAUUCCAUUGGUCAGUCAUUCGGCUACAAAUACGAUAAACACGGCCGAUUGGUGCAAGUGACAUAUCCCAAUGGCUACCGCCUGGGGCUGCCGUCGGAUGACGAUAAGGCUUUGUCCGCCACGGAACACAUGGCAUCGGGUGCGUAUCUCAAUGAGAAUAUCAACGGAGAGAAAUCCAUGCUGGUUCCAUCGCGAUAUUUUGUUCUGCUGGAGUCCAAAACGCAAAUUCCGCUGACCAACACCUCGCUACCAACAUCCCUGUAUUUACGCACCGAUAACAACGCUUCCGUGCAGCUGAAUAUGAAUUACGCGCUGCGCACGGAAUCGCCGCAACGGCUGCGGCGCUCGCUAAAAGUCAACGAUAGCACGUUGUUCAACAUUGAUUUUGUCCCGUCAGCCAAUGAGGAAAUUCUGACCGAUCGCGAAGGCACCCCGAUGUUCAGCACGAAAUUUGACGGCGCAGGGCGUGUUGUUACGCUGAAGCCGCUGCUCGGUGAUUUUGUCUCCACCAGUUUCACCUACGACGCUUCGGGGCGGUUGACAAAGUGGGAACAGGGAGCGCGGUGGAAGACCACCACUUACAACGAUGCCGGACUACCUGUUUCACAGAAGCUCAUUAAUGGGGCUACGUGGAAAUUCGAGUACAACGAUAAGCGAAAAAUCUCCAAAAUCACUAAAGGAUCUGGCACAAACAUCGGGAUUUUGUACAGUGCUGCCGGCGGCGUACAAUCGGUGACCGCACCGAAAGGCAACGUUGUUGUGAUGAAAACCGAACCGAUGGUUUUCUUCCGUCGGUACAUGAUAAAAGAUUCCGAAGCGCCGAAUUACUUCAGCCAGGAUUUCGACGAUCGCGGCAACAUGGUCAGCGUGAAUUAUCCCAGUGGAUUACGAAAGGUCACGCUGUCGUAUAACGAUGUCAACCAGUUGACCGAAGUCCGGCAGGGACGAAGCAGCAUUUUAUUUGAGUACAAUCAAUUUGGACAGCCGACUAAGGUUUCAGCGGUGGCGGAGGAUCUUGUGGCGACAACGGAGAUGUUCUAUUUUUCGAAUAUUUUGUUAGCUGCUAGGAAUGCGAAAUAUUCCGGGAUGACUGACCUGGAGCCGGUCAACACACUAUACGAAUACGACGAGCACUUAAAUCUCGGUCGUCGACGUCUGCAAGUCGGGAACAGCGACGUCUCGGUGACGGAGUUUGAAAUCAAUCCCGGUUCACGACAACUUGUCCGUUUCGGACCGUUUCGAUCAUCGCAGAAUCAAAUCGGCGCCCUGAUAGUGUCCGAUGACAACGCCAUCUACCUGAAACAACUGGAUAACAGCGGAAUUCGCAACCAUGUACUGCGGCUGCAGCACAAGAUCGCCGCAUCCACCGAAACAAUCUACAACGAAAUGGGUGCCAUUUCCGAAUUAAAGAUUCGCAAACGGGAAAACGAUCCCCAAAUCAGCUACUCGUUCAAAUACGACCUCGACGGUAAUUUGAUCGAAGCGACAAAGAACAAGCAGCCAUGGUGGAAUUUCGCCUACGAUCUGAAUGGGAACUUGUUUAAUUUACUGGGAAAUAAUCGUUUGCGCAAUAUGACAUUCAAGAGUCGGGAUCAGUUGUCGGCUUUAUCCUACGAUGGAAACGAUAUGAAGGUCGUUGUGGACGAGGACGGAUUUCUCAUACAGAAAGAUGACGUGCAUUAUGACUAUGAUGCGAAAGGUCAACUGCGCCGCGCCAUCAAGGAUGGGAAUGGCGGAUUCGAUGUGAAGUAUUUCUAUGAUGAGAAACAGCGCCUGAUCGCCCGACAGGCGGGCGGCAACGACAUCACGCAGUUUAUCUACGGUGACCUUAUUCGGGAGAGUCUGGUAACUCACAUCUAUCGGAAACGCACGCAGACGUUGAUUCAGUUCUUCUACGACACUCUGGGACAGUUGAUUGCCAUGGCGCGAGAUGGAAAUCCAUAUUACAUACUGCAGUCGAAAUUAACCACCACCAUCCUCGACCAGCAAGGAAAAAUCGUUAAGGAUGUAUAUUUCAGUCCGUUCGGCGAAGUAGAAUCGGAUUCCAAUGCCGAUUUCUACUAUCCGUUUGACCAGCGGAACUUCAUUCGGGAUGAAAAAGUCAAAGUUGUCUUCCACGAGGAUGGACUCUAUGAUGCGGAAAUGGGAAGAAUGUUGUCGUCGAAACUAACCGAUCUGCGAUUUAUCACAUUAGAGCAGAUUAAUCCUUUCGUUUACCAGCGUAAUGACCCUCUCACCACCGUGGCCGAAAAGCGACCUUUACUUGACGUUAACGAAUGGGCACAAGUGUUGGGCUUACGAGCCAGUUAUCCCGCAUCUACGUCCACCUUGAGCGACCUCUUGGAUUUCAAGUGCGACCCGCUGGGCCCGUCUGUGCUGGUGCCUUUAAACCAUUCUUGCGUUCUUCAGUCGACCAUUGACGAUUUUCAGUCUUGGACCAUCACUUCGCCUCGUCAACCUUUGCUCCUCAAUCCCAUGACGGAGCCUCUCCGAUUAGCUUCUACCUCCCCGUUUUACGGGCGUGGCAUAAUCCUUUCGGCAUCCAAUUUUUCAACCGAAGUGACCCCGACCGGUAUCGGUCAGCGCGUGCUAAACGACGCCAUGAUGUCAGUUUUCAAUAACAUCCAAAUUCUUCCAUGGCACGUGAACAGAAAGUCAAAAGAGUACUUUUAUGCGGUGAAAUCCGGAGCUGUGGAUAAAUUGGAUCUGGAUUUAUCGCGAUUACGGACGUACAUGGCCCCGUCGAUGCUGUCAUUCAAGCGGAUCAAUUCUGACAAUUCCCUCGUUAUUCAGUCGGAAAGUGUGGUCUUUAACAUUACCUACACUGCCGACGUCUCACAGACGAUUUUAUCACUGAAAAACAUGGUCAAACAGGAAAUGAUCGGGCGAGCGUGGAAUUACGAAAAGACCCGGCUUUCUAACGGUCAACUGGGUUUCUCGAGUUGGAGCGAGACAGAAAAGGCAGCAUUGUUGCAGCAAGGAAAAGUGCCGGGUUACGAGGGAUAUUUCGUGCGAGAUAUUGUGACCUUUCCAGCGCUGGCGGAUGAUCCCGCCAAUGUAGCCUUUGUCCGCUCAAGAGUGUGAACGUCAGUACACAUACAAUGCCGGAGAGGCCAAUUCGCAAAUGUACCAAAAGAUAUUUGUGCCUGAUGCUAGUCAGAUUUUUUUGCCGAACAUUUUGUACAGUUUUUAUUCAAGUUUUGAAAAGCGUGUUUUUAAUUUCUUGUCUACGUAACCUGCCAGGAUCAGUGCUCGUUUGGCCAAUGGUUGUACGUAUUUCUCCGUUUUGACGGAUUCAGGGUUUGUUAUUGUUCAGUGAUUUCUCUUGUUACCUCGAAAUUUUUGAAUUUACUGGCUAUUUGGUGCGAAAUACGAAUCCAUUAUUCUUAUUUUAUUUUACCUAAGCACUAUAAAUUUAAACAGUGAUU